AUGCCGCCCGUGGCGCUCGGAGAAUUCCCGCCGGCAUGCGUGUCCGGCUGCACCGUCCUCGUUGCCGGCGCCGUGCAUGGUGACGAAGCCCUACCGGUUUUCGCCUCCUCGUCGCGCAGCUCCACGUCCGCCGAUGCCCUCCGCCGUCCCUUCCCGCGCUCUCUGACAGGAGCGGCGCCUCCUGCCUGCAGCAGCUCCGGGCCCCCACCUACGACCGGUCCCGUCGCCUCCCGCUCUGCGCCUGCCAACCGGGCGGUGGCUCCCGGGCGGGCUACCACUGUUCAGCACGCAGCUGUGGGUGGCCAGCUUCUGCCCAUCGUCUGGGCCGCCCCGCUCCGGUGUGCCGGCGCGUCACCCCGUCUUCCCGGUCACUUCUGUGCCGGCGAGUUGUGGUGCCACAGCCACGGGUACAUUCCAGGCCGCCCAUACUUCCGGCGCGUCGUCUUGUCGGGCAAGAAGAACAAGGGCAGGCGCAAGCCCACGGCUUCGGCGUCUCCACCACCGCACCCUGCUGCCCGGCGGCGACGGUUCCCAGCACCUCGACCGCCGUCUAUGUCGCCGCUGCCCCCGGUGCUCCCGUCGCUGUGCCCAAUGCAAAAGAGAAAGUUGCACCUGAGCGGCGAUGUUGCUACGUACUGUACAUGCGCUAUCAUGUGCGUUCAAGUGGCGUCGUGCUACGUGCACCGCCAGCUUUUCUGA